AUGCAUUCUUACACACCGCCCUUUCUUUUCCCUCUUACCCCUUCUUCCAUCUUCCUCUCACCGCUCCCCAUAUUUCCAUGGCGGAGCGGGUUCCAUCGUCACCACCACCACCCCCACAGCCACCUACUCUUAAUCUUCAUGAUCCUUCUAUUUCUCCAUCGCCACCCGUUUUUGAAUCUGGCACUUACGUUGUUCAAGUCCCUAAAGAUCAAAUCUACCAUGUGCCGCCAGCGGAAAAUGCUUUACUUUUUGAACGCCACCGGAAUCCGCCACAAAAGAAACGAAGGUCAUGCUAUUAUUCUUUGUGUUUCUGUUGUUGUUUAGUCAUUGUGUUUCUUGUUAUUGCUAUUGGCCUUGGUAUUGGCCUUUCGUUUGCGCUCUUUAAAUCUGAAAACCCUGAAUUUUUAAUCCAAAGUUUUGUUGUUAAAACUCAAACGACCACCACCAAUCCUGAUUAUGAAAUCAGGUUAAAAGUGAAAAACCCUAAUCAGAAAUUGGACAUUUUGUACGUGCAUGGCGGGAUUGCUUCACUUUUACACAACAAUGAAAAGCUGGCUACUGGAAAAUUUCCAACGUUUCAUCAAGAAGAAAGUAAUUUAACAGAGAUCGGCAUUGUCCUUGAAGGGCAAAAUAUAGAGAGUGCAAAGCCAAAAACGCACGUCUCGUUAUCUUUAGCCAUGGAAAUUCCGGCGAAAAUGAAGACCAGUAGCUUCAAAACUGGGGAAGUAAAUUUUGUUAUCAUAUGUGAAUUUGCGGUAGAUACAUUGGGAAAAGGAACAAAAUUACUUUCUCAACAAUGUCAUACCAAUCGCUAGCAUAUUUAAUUACUAACUACAAGCAAAAGAUUUAAUUUAUUGGGCCAUUAUAAUGCAUUGUGCUUGCCCUAACCUCUGCUUAAGGUAGCUUGGUUUUGGUUGAUGUUAUGUAUUUAAGUGUUUGAUAAUCGCUGAGCGCAAAUUCUUUGCAUUUGUGGCAUUGCUAGUCAGAAUUUGGAAUUUAGAAUUUUACCAUUUUUGUACGACGAUCUUUUUUGUAAUUUUCUUGUUGAGCCAUAAAUUUCUCACACAACAGGGAAUAUAAUUUAUAUAGGUGUAAUGUAUCAAAUAGUAAGAUUUUUAUGUAA